AUGAAAGUUGACGAGGAUUCCAAGAAAUAUCUAGUAGUGACCACGCCCUGGGGAAAUUUGAAGCAUAAAACGUUUGCACAGGGAUGGAUAACCAGCCAAGAUGAAUUCGACAGACGAGUAAAUGAGAUUCUAGCGGAAUUUCCUCACGUAAAGAGUAAUCGAGACGGCUGUCUAAUUGGUGGGAAAGAUCGGAAUGAGCACAACAGAACACUCGACCUAGUCCUAACACGUCUGCAAGACCAUGGAUUAACAUUAACAUUAAGAUUGGAGAAGUGUGAAUUUGGAAAAGGAAGAAAUCGAGUUCUAUGGUGUCAGAUUUACGGGAGAAGGAAUCAAACCAUCGAAGGCGAAAGUGAAAGCGUUGCAAGAAUGUGGAGAACCCAGUUAAAAAGAAGGAGUAAGAAGCUUUCUGCAGAUGGUGGGAUAUAUGUCUCGAUUUAUCACCAGCUUUGCCCAGAUUGCCUUACCGCUGCGACAGUUAUUAACGAAGUCAACGUCAACCUUCCAGUGGGGACCAAUAGAACAGGAAGCUUUCGAUAGCUUGAAGAGCAGUUUGACGGAGCAGACAACCCUUAAGCUUUCCUACUUUGUUCCCGGAAGACCGAUAAGAAUCUACGUAGAUGCUGGAAAGAAAACAGAGAAAUCGAGCAACGUUCCUGGAGGAUUAUGUGCCAUUUUAUGCCAGCAAGGUGACGACGGACUGUGGAAAAUAUGUCACAUAGCCAACCAUGCUCUAACUGACGUUGAGACAAGAUACGGACAGACUGAGUUGCAAGCCACUUGUACAUCUCUUCAACAAUCCAACCUCAAGAGCACCACUGCGUAUCGAGCGACAAAUUCUCGCCAUUCAAGGUUUAGACUAUGUGGUCAAAUAUCAGAAAGGAGCUGAGAACAUCGCGGAUUAUGGAUCAAGACACCUGACGAGGAGACAUGAUGAUGUUCCCAUGGUGAAGUCCGUGAACGAGUUAGAAGAAGGAUUACGAACUUUUGUCUCUGAAGACAACGAGUACCUUUCCAGAAUGGCAAAAGACGACAAUGAUUACCAAUUCCUAAAAUGUAAGUCAAAGUAA